GAAUGCACCGCGGCGUAGACCCAACAUGGCGUCGGAGUCUGGGCUUUGAAAAACACCGAGGAGCCCCGGAGCAUGGAGGCCGCUGCGCCGUGAGCUCAGGCCGCCCACAGCGCCUCUCUGCCGGGCCGCAGCUGCGCAGAGGCCCCGCUGUCCCGGAGCUCCGGAACCGCGCAGUUUAACGUUUGCUCAAAUACUGGUCCAGAAUGGAUGAGCCAAUCAGAAUGCAACAGAGGGGCGGGGCUAAAGCUGUUCGUCCAAUCAGAGAUGAAGCUCGAGGGAGAACAGACCCUGCCCAGGAGCGACGCAGAACCCGCGGAGGACGACUGUCCAGGACCCACACCGGGUCUGGAGAGAGACCCAAGACCAAGACCGAGUCCAAGACCGAACCCAAGACCGAGUCCAAGACCGAACCCGAGGCUGAGUCCAAGACCGAGUCUGAGACGGAGUCCAACCCAGAACCAGCUAAGCCAGACCCUGUACCAGUGAGAGGUGAAGUAGAGCGCCCCCUGGAGGAAGCCUCUCUGACUGAACAGCAGCUGGGUCUGAAACAGGCGGAGGAGCGACUGUGCCGUGACUACAUCCACCGACUCGUAAAGGCGUCCCCGGAUUACCCAAACUACCAGUACCUGUGCCGCCUGUGUGCCGUUCACAUCGAGAACAUCCAGGGGGCGCACAAGCACAUCAAGGAGAAGCGCCACAAGAAGAACAUCACGGAGAAGCAGGAGGAGAAUGAGCUCCGGGCACUGCCUCCUCCGAGUCCGGCUCAGAUUCAGGCUCUGGACCGAGCCGUGACCCAAACCGCCCAAAAAUACGGCCUCUCUGACCACGACCUCCAGAGCAGACACAGAGCAGUGGAGCUGAUGGAAAGGACCAUCCAAGCACACCUCCCAGCCUGCUCCCUGCGGAUGUACGGCUCGUGUUUGACACGUUUUGCUUUUAAAACGUCCGACAUCAAUAUUGACGUCAGCGUGCCUCCGAACAUGACUCAGCCUGAAGUCCUCAUCCAGGUGCUGGAGAUCCUGAAGUGCAGCCCGGAUUUCUUGGAGGUGGAGUCAGAUUUCCACGCCAAAGUCCCGACGGUGUUCUGUCGAGACGUUCACAGUGGGCUCGUUUGUAAAGUCAGCGGUGGGAACGAUGUCGCCUGCCUCACGACCAAUCACCUCGCAGCGCUGUCCAAACUCGAGCCGCGAUUGGUUCCUCUGGUCCUGGCCUUCAGACACUGGGCCCGACUGUGCCACAUGGACCACCAGGCGGAGGGGGGCAUCCCGUCUUACUCUCUGGCCCUCAUGGUCAUCUUCUUCCUGCAGCAGCGCCCUCUGCCUGUGCUGCCCGUGUACAUCGGGCCCUGGAUCUCUGGGUUUGAGCUGAAGCGAGUCGACGAGUACCACCUCACGGGCAUCUGUCAGGACGCCUUUGUGCGCUGGGAGCACCGCCCCCCGAGUACCGACAACCGGACCGAGAACCGGGCCGACAACCGGACUAAACCAGAACCAGUCCUGACCGAGGCGCACUCCUCUGAGGGGCUGAGCUCUCUGACCCUGUCGUGUCCAGACUCUGCCUGUGUGGGGCAGUUGUGGUUGGACCUGUUCAGGUUUUACACUCUGGAGUUUCCUCUGGAGGAUUUUAUCAUCAGCAUCAGAGUCCAGGAACCAGUGAGCCGCGAGGCCAAGGGCUGGCCCCGGCGACGGCUCGCUAUAGAGGACCCGUUCGCUCUAAAGAGGAAUGUGGCACGGAGCCUCAACAGUCAGAUGGUUUUCGAGUACGUCCAGGAGAGAUUCAGAGCGGCCUACAAGUACUUCGCUGUCCCCCAAAAGUCCCAAAGAAAACCCACCUCCCGGAACAUGAAAUCGGAUCAGAAUCGAACCAGAACCGAGGAGGAGGAACCAAACCACAGCGACUCCAUCGACCGCGGACUCCGAGACCUGGGUCUAGACCAGGACCUGGACCGGACCGAGGACCGAGUGAACGGACUGGACGAGAGCGAGGAGGAGGAGGAGGACAAGAUGCUUUACCAGUUUGACAAAAUGAUCUUCACCGGAGGAAAGCCCCCUGUGGUGGUGUGCAGCAUCUGCAAACGUGACGGCCACCUUAAAGACGAGUGUCCUGAGGAUUUUAAAAAGAUCGAACUGAAACCUCUGCCUCCGAUGAACGAGCGCUUCAGAGAGAUCCUGGACGGGCUGUGCCGCCUCUGCUACCAUGAACUCUCUCCGACUCCGGUGGAGCAGCAGAGGCGUGAGCAGAUUCUCCUGUCGCUUGAGAGGUUCAUCCGCAAAGAGUUUAAUGACAAGGCUCAGCUGUGUCUCUUUGGUUCGUCUAAAAACGGAUUCGGGUUCAGAGACAGUGACCUGGACAUCUGCAUGACUCUGGAGGGACACCACACGGCCGAGAAGCUGAACUGUAAAGACAUCAUCGAGAGUUUAGCCAAAGUCCUGAAGAAACACACAGGUCUGAGGAACAUUCUGCCCAUUACCACGGCCAAAGUCCCCAUCGUGAAGUUUGAGCACAGACAGAGCGGCCUUGAAGGCGACAUCAGCCUUUAUAACACACUAGCUCAGCACAACACUCGGAUGUUGGCGACAUAUGCAGCUCUAGACCCCCGAGUCCAGCUGCUCGGAUACACCAUGAAAGUCUUUGCCAAGAGGUGUGAUAUCGGAGACGCCUCCAGGGGGAGCCUGUCGUCGUAUGCCUACAUUCUGAUGGUACUGUACUUCCUGCAGCAGAGAACGCCACCGGUUGUGCCCGUUCUCCAGGAGAUGUACGACGGAGCUGUGGCACCGCAGAAAAUGGUGGACGGAUGGAAUGCCUUCUUCUGCGAUGACCUGCAGGACCUGCGGCGGCGUUUGGCUGAGCAGCCCGUGAACUCCGAGUCUGUGGGGGCGCUGUGGCUCGGUCUGCUUCGUUUUUACACUGAAGAGUUUGAUUUUAAAGAACACGUGAUCAGCAUCAGGCAGAAGAAACGGCUCACUACAUUUGAGAAGCAGUGGACCAGUAAAUGUAUCGCUAUAGAAGAUCCGUUCGACUUGAACCAUAACCUUGGUGCUGGAGUUUCUCGUAAAAUGACAAACUUCAUCAUGAAAGCCUUUAUAAACGGCAGGAAGCUGUUCGGGACGCCUUUCUACCCCCCGCCAGGCUCCGAAGUGGAUUACUUCUUCGACUCCAAAGUCCUGACGGACGGAGAGUUGGCGCCAAACGACCGCUGCUGCCGAAUCUGCGGCAAAAUCGGCCACUACAUGAAGGACUGUCCCAAGAGACGCAGGGUGAAGAAGAAGGACAGUGAGUGUCCGGACGACCGAGAGGAGGAGCAGAGACGCUGUUUCCAGUGCGGAGACACUGGACACGUGAGACGAGAGUGUCCAGACUACAGACCUCUGAAGACCAGGACCCCGGCCGGACCACAGGGAGGUGUCUCGGUCCAAAGGAGCUCCCAGUCCAUCCCUGUGAACCAAGACGGACGAACCAGACACAACUCUGAGUGUUCUGAUAGCCGCCAGACUCCGCCCUUACUGCCUCAGAGCACGUCGCCCCAGGCGUUUAAAGCCCCGCCCCUCCAGCAGAUGGCGCUGUUGGGGUUCCCUCCGGCUCUGGGACAGUGGCCUCAGUUCAAACUCAACGACCCGAGCAUCAUCUUUGCUCAGCCGACGCCGCGAGGGGCGGGGCCAAGAGGGGCGGGGCCUCAGAACACCAAACCAGACUCUGGGCAGCUGCAUGGUCCUCCGCCGGGCGCUCGACUGUGGGAGCACCACAAACCUCCGCAGUACUCCCCCUCCUGGAGAUAUCCGGUACCACACCCGUACAUCCAAAAUUCACCAGGAUUCCACCAGCAAGGCUCCAUGGUGCCCCCUCCUGGCAGCUUCCCGCUCCUGCCUCAUGUGCGCCGCCCUCUCAACCUGAGUUUCCUGCAGCAGAAGAAGUGAUGCUGUUUUUACCGUUUUAAACUUGUACAGUUUUAAAGUUUUUAAGUUUGUUUUAGCGUGGCGCCCUUGUACUGGGGACGCUCCCCUACCGGACGUUCCCGUAUCCGAGACGCUCCCGUACAGGAGACGCUCCCGUACAGGAGACGCUCUUGUACAGGAGACGCUCCCGUACAGGAGACGCUCCCGUACCGGACGCUCUUGUACCGGACGCUCUUGUACCGGACACUCUUGUAUCAUAUCUUACGCCCCGUUUUUCCGGGGCCUUUUUAUUUCAUGUAAAAAUCUGAAAAAGGAAUUGUAAAUGUUUUAUUUUUUCUGCUGUUGAUACUCGAGGCUCAAAGGUCUCCUCCAUGAGCUUAGAAUAAACUCUAGAAACAAAUGUGCACUUGGAGUUUCUUUGGUCCAG